AUGCUUACAUUUCGUGAAUUCGAAGGACCUUGGAUAGGUCGCAUUCACUCGAACCACAAUACAUUGUCUCUAUUCAAUUCCCGUGUGGAUAACUUCUCUGUUGAAACCCACAACGAAAUUAAAACUAGUACAUGGAAGUGGAGAGGUUACUCUAUUCGCUACCAGUAUUCUGGAACCAGCGGGCCCGCCUUGGUCUUGGUUCACGGUUUUGGAGCUAACAGUGAUCACUGGAGGAAGAAUUUGCCGGUUCUUGGAGAGUCGCAUAGGGUGUAUGCAAUAGACCUAAUAGGGUAUGGUUAUUCCGACAAACCGAAACCACAAGAUCUUGAACAAGACUACUUUUAUACGUUCGAGACAUGGGGUAGUCAACUUAAUGAUUUUUGUAUGGAAAUUGUCAAGGAUGAACAAGUCUUCUUUGUCUGUAAUUCUAUAGGAGGACUUGUAGGACUUCAGGCAGCAGUAAUGGAUCCUUCGAUUUGCAAAGGCAUUAUUUUAUUGAACAUAUCCCUUCGAAUGUUGCACGUUAAGAAGCAGCCCUGGUUUGGGAGGCCGCUAAUUAAAUCAUUCCAGAGUUUGCUGAGGAACACUGUUGUUGGGAAAUACUUCUUUAAAAUUGUUGCCACACCAGACUCAGUAAGGAAUAUUCUUUCUCAGUGUUACUAUGACACAUCGAAGGUGACAGAUGAACUAGUGAAGUUAAUACUUGAGCCUGGACUUGAUCCCGGUGCUGCUGACGUGUUUCUUGAAUUCAUAUGCUAUUCAGAUGGGCCCCUUCCUGAAGAAUUACUGCCUCUAGUCAAGUGUCCUGUAUUGGUGGCUUGGGGAGACAAAGAUCCUUGGGAACCAAUUGAACUUGGGAGAGCCUAUGGACUGUUUGAUUCUGUUGAAGAUUUUGUCGUCCUCCCUAAUGUCGGACACUGCCCUCAGGAUGAGGCACCGCAACUUGUAAACCCACUCGUCACAUCUUUUGUGGCUCGACACACACCCUCUCCUGCUUCCUGACCAAUUCUUAAUGCUGAACCUCAGAUUCGUUACAUGCAUGUAUUUGUAUUUAAUUUUCUUCAUACUUGUCCAUCUUUCGUACAUAAACAAUUUCUUGUUGGAUUUUUAUUCUUCUUUAUGAUGGUUGCUAAAUUGUAAUAUAAUAUACUAAACCUGCCACAGAUGGAAUUUACUCCUUCAGAUCCAAAAUAAUUGACGUUUUGGGUUGUUGUAUACAUAUUACAAAAAAUAA